GGGACGGAGGCAGGUCGGCGGAGGGGAGCCGGAGCGAGAGCGGUGGCGGAGAGGGAGCCGGGCCGCGGGGUGGAGCAGCUGCAGCGGGACAGACUCGCGGGAUAUUAGAAAUGGCUACUCCCCAGUCCGUUUUCAUCUUUGCGAUUUGCAUUUUAAUGAUAACAGAAUUGAUCCUGGCCUCAAAAAGCUACUAUGAUAUUUUAGGUGUGCCAAAAUCUGCUUCAGAGAGACAAAUAAAGAAGGCCUUUCACAAAUUAGCCAUGAAGUACCACCCUGACAAAAAUAAGAGCCCUGAUGCUGAAGCAAAAUUCAGAGAGAUUGCAGAAGCAUAUGAAACUCUCUCAGAUGCUCAUAGGCGGAAAGAGUACGAUACAGUUGGACACAGUGCUUUCACUAAUGGCAAAGGACAGAGAGGGAGUGGAAGUCCUUUUGAGCAGUCUUUUAACUUCAAUUUUGAUGACUUAUUUAAAGACUUUAAUAUUUUUGGCCAGAACCAAAACACUCGGUCCAAGAAGCAUUUUGAAAAUCACUUUCAGACACGCCAGGAUGGCUCCAAUAGACAGCGGCAUCAUUUCCAGGAGUUUUCUUUUGGCGGUGGAUUGUUUGAUGAUAUGUUUGAAGAUAUGGAGAAAAUGUUUUCUUUUAGUGGCUUUGAGACCACCAAUCGACACACAGUACAGACUGAAAAUAGAUUUCAUGGAUCUAGUAAGCACUGCAGGACUGUCACUCAACGAAGAGGAAAUAUGGUUACUACAUAUACUGACUGUUCAGGACAAUAGUUGGUUCUUCCAGUUUCCAUUA